AUGGAUCCCAAGUUCCUGGUCAUAGAAAUAGACUCGAAAGAGCAAGCAGUUCAGUUGGUCCAGGUUAUGGUAAGUUGCUAUCUACUCACGUGGAUCGGAAGUAUUAUUGUUCAGCUGGACAAAGGAUUCGCUCGUCUGAUGCUACUGGAUAAUCUCGAGAAGCAUCCGGCACUUAAAAAAACCAAGCAGGAUAACUUCCGAGAGUUUGCCACGUCGCCUAUUCCCGAGGAAAUCACCCAGCCACCGAAAGAACAGAAGUGAGUCAUAGUCUCUAGUAGGUCGGUUAAUUGAAAGAUCCGUUCAGAGUAAUGUUUCCCACACUAGCGCAAGUCUCGAAUCCGCUGGUCACGUCGACGGGAAUCAAGCAGGAACCGGUCAACACGAUCGCGAUUGCAGAUGAUGAGGCAGUCGAAGAAGAAGAAGAUUUACCAGUGGCCAGAGACAACAAAAAGUAGAUUGCCAUUGACAAAAGAACAGUAGGAUCCUAUAAACUUUCAGAGGAGUCAAAAGAUCAUACGAUCAGGACGCGGAGGACACGGAUUACAGGGAACAACUGAUGAACAUGUUGUGUGGCGAGCCGGAAAUUGUGCCCAUCGAAGUCAAUUCUGUGGUAAAUUGCAAAACGUUGAGAUAUUGAACUUUUGAAUUGUUUUCAGAACGACGAACCAUCGGCUUCAAACUCUGACGAACCGCCUAAAAAAUGCAAUACGGGAGAAUACCACGAGUGUCGGCUAUGUGGAGUACGUGUGAAGACGCCUCGCAGUGGUCGGUGGAACCUGCAGAUGCACGUGAUAGCCCUUCAUUGCGUGGGUCGACAGUACCGAUGCAAAGAAUGCGACUAUUUGGACUACAGGAAGUCGACAAUGAGGAAACAUUGUCUCGCGCAGCACGGCGCAGACAUUCCCCCUCACAAUAUUCAGUGAGUUCUGGAAGCUUCCUAUUCCAAUUCGAAUAAUUGAUUCAGAGACACUGCGAUGAGGAGGGAAUGGCACGAGGCGAUGGUGAAGUGCUUCCCCGAGUUUGCGCAUCGUACUGGUUUCUUAAACUGA